AGGAGUAUCUCCGCUUUGUUCAUCUGUGGCUAUAACACCAAAAAGAACUGCAAACCCUAGUCUUGAUCUUUUGUCUCAUACAGAAACAAAAGUUGUAGAUCUGAGCCCAGCUGUUUAGAUUUUGUUUUGUACGGGGACAAAUAAAGACAGUGGAUCGUGUACAGAGUUAUUAGUGUCUUGUUUUUUUUAAUGUGAGGUUGAAUUUUUUCUUUUCUGAUUGUACGAGAGUCAAAAAGAAAGUAAUGUUGUUUUGAGGAGGACCGUGGAUUUUGCUACUUCAGUGUGAGAAAAGAAAGAGGGAUGCAAGAUUUGUUGACAUUUGAUUACAUAUGUUACGACGUAUUGGGUGGUUAAUUGGGUGGAAUAAUAGAGUUGAACAAGUGAAGAAGUUACCUGAUGCAAAACCGCUACCGGCUCAAGUACAGCCGGCUGUCAUGUUGGACACUGUCCAAGAGAUUGCAGUUUACAUCCAUAGGUUUCAUAACCUUGAUCUUUUCCAGCAAGGAUGGUAUCGACUUAAAAUUACUAUGAGAUGGGAAAAUGAACUGUAUACUUCUAUGGGAGCACCUUCAAGAGUCAUGCAAUAUGAAGCUCCAAAUGUUAGUUCUGAUGAUGUAUAUGGAGUGUGGAGGAUCGAUGAUAGCGACAACAGUUUUUCAACAAGGCCUUUUCGAAUAAAAUAUGCCAAACAGGAUGUUCUUCUAUCUAUCUUGGUUGCAUUUAGUCUACCCCUUACUGUCAAUGAGGGUCCUUUCUCAUCGGCUGUCAUUUUGAAGUUUGAGCUUCUCUAUUCUCCUGUAAUGGAGAAAGGUUCUGAGUUUCAGGCUUCUUCAGAUGGUAACCCUGCUGCUGUCCAUGAAUUUCGGAUCCCUCCUAAAGCUCUUUUAGGACUACAUUCCUAUUGCCCUGUUUAUUUUGAUUCAUUCCAUGCUGUUCUUGUGGAUGUAAGUGUUCACACCUGUCUUCUAAAAGUUGGUUCUCACAAGGGUGCAAAGAAAAUACCCAGGGUUUCUUACAGUGCCCCUGGUGCCAUUGCUGGUGGAACUAUCUAUGGAUCUAGUCAGGCACUAGAACGAAUGGCAUCUAUUGACUUGAAACAUACCACGCUUGUUAAGGCAUUAUUAGAUGCUCGUGACACGCUACUUGCAGAGCUAAAAAGAAUUGGCGAUGACAUUAACAAAGGGAUUGAUUUAACUGACUUUACAUCCACAAUGGAUGACACAAAGCUAUCUGGUUCUAUUCUGCAUGCAAAUCUGGGUCAUGCUGAAGUUUCCGGACAAGGCAAGCCACAAAAUGGUCUUGAGGGAGUCAAUAGCAAUUUAGAUGUUCAAUUGCUCCAGAACUUAUCCAAGGAUGAUAUAAUUAAAAUGUUUAAUCUGUGGGGUGAACAAGUGUCAUAUUUGUGGAGCACGUUUCUGAAUUUCCACAGGGAUAACAGAACACAGAUAUUGCAAUUCCUUUUUGAUGCAUGGGCUAAGGAUCGAAGAGCUGAAUGGUCAAUAUGGAUGGUUUAUACCAAUGUUGAAAUGCCUCAUCAUUCUAUAAAUGGUGGUUUUGACGAGCCUUCCCAUCAUCUUGUGCAUAAGAGAGGUCCAAGUUUGUUGAAGUUAACCGAUGAUCCUGCAGAGUUAGCAACUAUGCGGGCUGAGCUUCAUCGGCGAAGUAUUGGACAAAUGAGGAUUAACAAUCGAUCGAUCCAAGACAUGCAAUUAUUUGGAGAUCCUUCAGGAGUUCCUAUUGUAAUUAUGGAACGUGUAAUAACUACACCUCGUCGUUCUAUCAGUGAUAACUCAUACUUGAGGAAUUUAGAUGUAAUGAAUUUAGCUACCACAAGCACUUUUCCUGAAGCCGGAAAGAACCAAUCAAGUACAAGUGCUGGAGAGAGUGGGCAUGACUUGAAGAUUGUUGUCUUUGUGCAUGGUUUUCAGGGUCAUCAUCUGGAUUUGCGACUUGUUAGGAAUCAAUGGCUUUUGAUAGAUUCCAAGAUUCAUUUUCUUAUGUCAGAGGCAAAUGAAGAGAAAACAUCGGGAGAUUUCAGAGAUAUGGGACUAAGGCUUGCACACGAAGUGAUUGCUUAUGUUAAAAAGAAAAUGGAUAAAGCUUCAAGAAAUGGAAACUUACGAGAUAUCAGACUUAGUUUUGUCGGACACUCUAUUGGAAACAUUAUAAUAAGAACAGCAUUAGCAGAGACUAUCAUGGAACCUUACCUUAGGUUCCUCCAUACAUACGUAUCUGUGUCUGGGCCACACUUGGGAUAUCUAUACAGUUCAAAUUCUUUGUUUAAUUCCGGGCUGUGGCUUCUGAAGAAGCUCAAGGGGUCACAGUGCAUUCAUCAACUAACUUUCACAGAUGACCCAGAUAUCCGUAACACUUUUUUCUUCAAACUUUCUAAGCAAAAAACUCUGGAUAGUUUCAAGAAUAUAAUCCUCCUUUCGUCACCCCAGGAUGGUUAUGUCCCGUAUCAUUCUGCCAGAAUUGAGUCAUGCAGGGCAGCAUCAUCCGACUACUCCAGAAAGGGAAAAGCUUUUUUGGAAAUGUUGAAUGAAUGCUUAGACCAGAUACGUGCACCUACCUCUGAGAAUCGGGUGUUUAUCCGUUGUGAUGUCAACUUUGACACAUCCAUGUAUGGAAAAAACUUAAAUACUUUCAUUGGACGAGCUGCUCAUAUAGAGUUUUUGGAGUCGGAUAUUUUUGCUCGCUUCAUAAUGUGGUCAUUUCCAGAACUAUUUCAAUAAACAUAUUACAGGAGUCCGACUUUUAUUGAUCCGCCUUCUCAAGCCUGGUAUCCAGAUCAGUCGCUAUUUGCGGAGCCUGCAAUCAAUGUUUCAAGUGUCCAAGCAUCACAAAUGAGCAAAAUUUGCAGGAGGGACAGGUGCGUUGACCGAUUGUAGCCCCUGUAAAGUAGCAUUGUUGAAGAUGCUUCUGUGGAAAGGUUGUAUCUUUGAUCUAGAACAGUCCUUUUCCACUACCACGGAGUUUUGUUGGCAUCAAAAAUGCUGAGUUUAGAAUGUGGAAGCUCUUUACAGUAGAUAUUGUUUAGAAAAAAACUAGCAAUGUAGAAGAAAAAUCGAAUAGGCUAGUUUGUUGUUUGGGGUUGUAGUGAAUGACCAAGUACUUUCCGAUAUUGGGGAAUGAUCAUGUUUAUGUACGUAAGCAUGCAGACGAAGCAUUCAGCAGACAGUUGAUUUUA